AUGGUGGAGAACAUUGCUUUUAGGGGCAAAUCCACUGACGACACUAACAAGCAUAUCACCAAGUUCAUCCAGAUUUGUAACACAACAAAGAUGAAUGGAGUGACAGAUGAGCAGGUUCGCCUAAGGCUGUUUCCUUUCUCUUUAAAGGAUUCAGCAAAGGAUUGGUUGGAGAGUUUGGAGCCCGGAUCGAUUAGAACAUGGGAUGCUAUGGUGGAAAUUUUUUUGGAGAAAUUCUACCCCCCUAGUGAAGCUAUAAAGAGACAACACGAGAUCAUUGCAUUGCAGAUGACUCCUACAGAGAAUAUCAGAGAUGCAUGGGGGAGGUUCAAAUCUUUGAUGAAACGGUGUCCCAACUAUGGGUUAACCCCGACAGUCCAAGUUAUUACAUUUUUCAAGGGCUGUGUGCCUGAAGCACAAAGGGAGUUGAACUUGAGCUCAGGUGGUAAUUUUCUCAAGAAAGGAGUAAAUGAAGCCAUGAAAUUAAUAGAUGAACUCGCAUCUAAUGACGAAGGAUGGAGCAACGAAAGGAGUGAGGUGCAUAGGGUAGCGUCCACCACAGAUCAUGAUCCUAUGAGCGCCCUAUCCGACAAGCUGGAUGCGCUAACUAUGAAAUUUGACUGCAUGGCAAUGAGGCACCCGUCUCAAGAAUCCCAAGGAUAUAUGGAGGACGUUAACUAUGUGAAUCAAGGGGGCAACAACCGGUACUACAAUAACCAACGCCUCAACUUUCAGGGUGGAGGUUAUAAUCAGUCUGGGAACAAGGGGCAUCCCAAUCUCUCUUAUGGGAACCCCAAUAAUGCUCUGCAACCACCCCCGGGGUUCACGGUUAAUAAUGGAGUGGUUAACGAUCCGAAGAAGAUGACUACGGAAGACAUACUCAAAUCUUUCAUGUUACAGUCCAAUAAGCUAAUGGAACAAAACAAUCAAAGGAUGGAGAAGGUGGAGAUAGAUGUGCAGAGUAUGGCCACUCAUUUGAAGAACAUCGACACGCAGAUCAGUCAGAUUUCCCAGACUGUGAGUACUAUUACUCAACCGGGAAAGUUCCCUUCGAACACCAUUAUAAAUCCCAAAGAUUGCAAAGCUGUGCAGUUGAGGAGUGGAAAAAGUUAUGAUGGACCUGCAAUGCCAUCAGAGGAUAGAGUAACAGAAAAGGGACCUGAAGAGGAGGAGUUAGUCGAGGAAGUUGAGACCGAGAUAGUACAUAUUACUUCCCCACCUAAGGAGAACGUGGCCCCAACUCUACCUACACCACCUGCAGCAGCUCACACUCCCACUGACGUGAGGAUUCCCUAUCCUCAACGUGUGCAGAAGAAGAAGACAGAUGCACAGUUCUUGAGAUUCUUUGAUAUAUUUAGGAAGGUGCAAAUAAACAUCCCAUUGGUGGAGGCACUACAGCAGAUGCCGAGGUAUGCCAAGUUUCUGAAGGAUGUGGUUUCCAACAAGAGGAGAUGGAUGGAGUAUGAGACGGUGAAUUUAACUGAAAGCUGCAGCGCCAUUAUUCAGAAGAAGUUUCCAGCUAAACUGAAGGAUCCAGGAAGUUUUACCAUCUCUUGCAUAGUGGGAGAUUGUCAAGAAGGGAGAGCAUUAUGUGAUCUGGGGGCGAGUAUCAACCUGAUGCCCUAUUCAUUCUUCCAGAAAAUGAAGAUUGGAGAGGCACUGGCAAUUCUUUAUCUGCUAUACUCAUCUCUUGAGCUGUCGUAUUCCUUCUUUGCGCUCAACAGUUUCCCUAGGACCCUUUUUGCCUCACUGACCCUUAACUGUGUGAAACUUCCCCCCGAUGAGGAGUUCGCCAAAUCUUUCGUGGCCCUGUUCAUUCCCUCAUAG